ACCUAUUUUUUCCACUUUUAACACAAAUUCAAUUUUAGCUGGUCACACAGCUCAACUGCAACAAACAAGUGAUCAUCUCUUUGCUUCUCUUCUCAUUUCUCCUCGACCAUAUCGUCAUCUUCUUCCUUCUCCGCCUUCUUCAUCCUCCAUUUUUCUCUCUCUAAAACUCCCUGAUUACAACAAUGCAGGCUCUUCUUACCCCUUCUCCUUCCCCUACUCUCCGCCCUUCGCCGCUCGAUUCGAUUCGUCGAAACCCCAAUUCUCUAUUCUCCAUUUCUCGCCCAUCAAAAUGUAAGUCCUCUAAUAGGGUUAGUUUCACUCCUAGGGCUUCUUCCCAGGUUGCUGUUGCUCCGAAACGCGAAACGGAUCCUAAGAAACGGGUUGUGAUUACUGGAAUGGGUCUUGUUUCUGUGUUUGGGAAUGACCCUGAUGUUUUCUACCAGAAGCUUCUUGAUGGGGUUAGUGGGAUUGGUCCAAUUGAUCGUUUUGAUGCUUCGAAAUUCCCGACUCGCUUCGCCGGGCAGAUCCGGGAUUUCUCUGCUCAAGGGUAUAUUGAUGGGAAGAAUGACCGUCGUCUUGAUGACUGUUUGAGGUACUGCAUUGUUGCUGGAAAACGAGCUCUUGAAUCUGCUGAUCUUUCUGGUGAUAGACUCUCCAAGAUUGACAAAGUAAGAGCAGGUGUGCUUGUGGGAACUGGGAUGGGUGGGCUCACAGUGUUUUCUGAUGGUGUUCAAGCUUUAAUUGAGAAAGGUCACAAGAGAAUAACUCCAUUUUUUAUUCCUUAUGCCAUAACUAACAUGGCUUCCGCAUUGCUUGCCAUUGAUCUCGGUUUGAUGGGUCCAAAUUAUUCAAUCUCCACUGCCUGUGCCACCUCAAAUUAUUGCUUUUAUGCUGCUGCCAAUCAUAUCCGUCGUGGAGAAGCUGACCUGAUGAUUGCUGGUGGAACUGAAGCUGCAAUUCUUCCUAUUGGUUUGGGAGGUUUUGUUGCUUGUAGAGCUUUGUCACAGAGAAAUGAUGAUCCUCAGACAGCUUCAAGGCCAUGGGACCAAGCCAGGGAUGGCUUUGUAAUGGGUGAAGGAUCUGGUGUUCUGGUAAUGGAGAGCUUAGAGCAUGCAAUGAAAAGAGGUGCACCAAUUAUUGCCGAGUAUUUGGGAGGUGCAGUCAAUUGUGAUGCUUAUCACAUGACUGAUCCAAGAGCUGAUGGACUUGGUGUUUCUUCAUGCAUAGAGAGAAGCCUGGAAGAUGCAGGUGUCUCACCUGAAGAGGUCAAUUACAUAAAUGCUCAUGCUACCUCCACAAUUGUUGGUGACUUAGCUGAGGUGAAUGCCGUAAAGAAAGUGUUCAAAAACACAUCUGAGAUCAAGAUGAAUGCAACUAAGUCUAUGAUAGGGCAUUGUCUUGGUGCUGCUGGGGGUAUGGAAGCUAUUGCCACCGUAAAGGCUUGUACAACAGGGUGGCUACAUCCAACCAUAAAUCAAUUUAAUCCAGAACCAUCAGUUGAAUUUAACACAGUUCCAAAUGAAAAGCAACAGCACGAAGUGAAUGUUGCUAUUUCAAAUUCGUUUGGAUUCGGGGGUCACAAUUCAGUUGUGGUCUUCUCUGCAUUUAAGCCUUGAAUGUCUACGUAAUGAAGCUUUCAAUCAUCAACUUCAAUGUACGCUUUGUAAUUUUCGAGUUUUAACGAUUGUAUUCUUCUCAUUCUUCUUUACCCAUUAAAUAAUAUUGAGUAAAGUGUAGCAUAGAGAACUAAAUUUUCUUCAUUUUUUCCCUCUAUUUUUCCUUUAAGCUAGUGAAGUAUUCAGCAGCUUCUUCGGUCCAUACGUUGCGCGGAUGAUUUUGUGGCCUGUAGAAGUGUGUGGUCUUGUUAUAACAGGUUGCCCCCUCUGUAGCGAACGAAUUGGUUGCAUGUUUACGAGUGUUAAUCCUUGAUAGGUUAGAUAAUUUUAGUUUUAGAUGUCAAAUUGUGCAUUGAGGUGGAUCUUUUGAUUGAGGUUUAGUUUACUCCUUGAUAUGUACCUUGUCAUUUCUUGGGAUUCUAAGCAAUUCGAUUGCCUUGUUAGAAUAAA